UUACGUGUUUCUCAUGGUUACAUCAACCCUCUUCUGCAGUGGCCUCGCCGGGGAGGUCACAGCAGUUGCGUUGUUGUACUGGAGGUCGGAGCGGGCGGGGUGCAGCCUGUUGGGUCGGACCGAGGCAGACAGGCAGUCUGAAGAAGCAGCUGUCACAUGCUGCAGUAACCGCGGCGUCGCUGACAGUCAGAAAUGAGCAAUUGAGCCAGAAUUACCUUAUCUACUGGUACAAGUGGGUAUUUUAUCGCAAAUUUAUCGAAAGAGCGCUGUCGAGCUAGUCACUGGUUAAAGUUACGGUGCGGGAGGCAAACUGUUGAAACAGGAGCACGCGCCCGAGGAGUGUGCUGGAGACGGCAGUUACAACCGACAAAGAAGAGGACUCUACUACUUAAAAGCAGCAGAUAUUUCGCAGUUUAAAUCAUUUACAGGAUAGGAACGGGGUCAGAUAAGUGAAGUCUACCGGCGCUGACCAGGGUAGAAGACGAAGAUUACGAUAACAUGGUUACCACCAAGGGAACAAGUCUUAACCCCAAUGCCAAAGUGUGGCAAGAGAUCCCAGCCCAACAAAAUGACAUCCCAGAAGUAUCGGAGGAUUCUUCUUGGCUCCACACCAACUCUUCCCCCCCUGAGAUGACUGAUGGUUUCUCAGACGUUCUUUCUUUGGAGAGUAAAGGAUACGCUGUUGACUUCCUGAGUAGCCCUGAUGAGUACUCCACAACUGAGGAUGUGGAGCAUACAGACCUGGGAUAUUUGGUCUUUGAUGCACAGGGCGACUCUGCCAUAGACACUGAACUGUCUAAGGAAGAAGUAGUGACUGAAGAGAGCUUACGAGAGUCAUUAAAGAAAAGACUGGAGUUCUGCUUUUCUAGGGAGAACCUCUCUAAGGAUCUGUACCUGAUAUCCCAGAUGGACAGUGAUCAGUUUAUUCCUAUCUGGACUGUUGCCUGCAUGGAGGACAUCAAAGCGCUCACCACUGACAUGGAUCUAAUCCUAGAAGUAUUGAGAGCGUCUCCUUUAGUGCAAGUUGAUGAAGCUGGUGAAAAAGUUCGACCUAACCACAGCCGCUGCAUCAUUAUUUUAAGAGAAGUGCCAGAGACUACACCAGUUGAGGAAGUAGAGGAUCUAUUCAAGAGUGAAAAUUGUCCAAAGGUGUUGGGUGUUGAGUUUGCUCACAAUAGCAACUGGUAUAUAACGUUUCAGUCAGACAUGGAUGCCCUGCAGGCAUACAAAUACCUACGAGAGGAAGUGAAAAUGUUCCAGGGGAAACCCAUUAUGGCUCGCAUUAAAGCCAUAAAUACAUUCUUUGGAAAAAAUGGCUUCCACGGCAUGGACUCAGGAGUGUAUCAGCAGCUUGCCCAGCCUCAGGCCCAGUAUGUAUCUCCGGUGUACAUGCAGCAGGUGUACAACCCUCAGCAGGAGUUUCCCAUUUAUCCUGUGGUGUCUCCCACCUGGAACCCUUCCAUCGUGCCACACUUUGAAACACCACUGGCUCCCUUCCCCAGUGCAGGAUUCAUGAAUGGUUACAGCAAUCCAGGGAACUACAAACCAAACUCCAGCAGCGGCCACCGUCCUGCUGGCAGGAACAGAAACCACAUAAAAGGUCACCCUCGACCAGGCGAUGCUGUUUCUUCUAACUUGGCUCUAGGAACCAUGGUGGAUGGCAUCUCUGGCCCUGUGAGUCCACAGGACAUCCAGGCACUAAGGACUCUGUCCGGCAUUAAACCACAGCCAGCCUCUUCCUUCCACUUUAAAGACUCUUCUUCAAUGUCCUCCAUAUCCAAUGGAGAUCAAAGCCGCUCUGUGCGAGACAGGAGAAAUGGCCACAGAGGCAUGAGGAGGAAAAGAGAAGAUGAACAUUCUAUGAAACCUGUCCCUUUGAUGGAGGUCAAGGCAGUCCCUCCUAACUUUGAUCUGGCAGCUUCAAGUUUUCCUCCUUUGCCAGGAUCUGUGGUUCCUGUUCAGGGGGAAACCGUGACAGAGGUGCGCCUCUCUGAUGUUGUUCGUGGCCUGAGGCUCACAAGCAAGGCAGGAAACCAGGAGAACAGCUUGAGCCAAAACUCAAAAGACUCUGAAAGAACUGCAAGCAAACAGGAAUCUACCUCCCUGCCUGCUAAACCCACUGUUGUUGAGGCACAACCAGCAACUACUCCAGCACCAAGUGCUUGUCCAACAGUAACAAAAGGAGAUAAAACCGAACCAGCUGCUGCACAGAGAAACCUGCCUCCAUCCACUGAACGUGACUCUAAAACCACUCCAGAACACGAUUCCAGCACGAGCAGCAAAAGUGUUUCUGCUGAACAAUCUUCAACAUCAGAGCAAGAGCUGCAGGAGCCAAGAAAGCUUAGCUAUGCAGAGGUGUGCCAGAGGCCAGCCAGAGACCCACCGCUAGCAGAGACGCCGUCCCCUCCUGCCACUUCACCCGACCACCCUCUGAAGGAGCUCAAGGUCAACACCGUCAAGGACUCUCAGCUGAACUCUAAAAAGAGUCCCGAGAGAGUUGGAGAUAAACCUCCUCGGCAGCCUUCACGUCCAUUCAGAGGUGCAGCUGGUCACGCCAGAGCGAAAGGUUCAGGGAUGAAGAUCCGGGAGCAUCAGAGAGGCCUGAACGCUGGAAAGCGGUUUUCCCCUCAGCGGGGUCCCAAACACAGCGGCAAAGAACAGAACAUACCCCCGCUUCAGCAGAAUAACUGAAGCUGGAACCUUACGGACCUUAUUUAAAAUGUGUAAAUAUGUAAAUACAGAUGAAUAUAUUUCUUUUGACAGAUUUUGUCAAAGAAUCAUGAGGUCUAAAAUUAUUCAGAGACUUUAAGUCGAUAUUCCUUAAAGGAAGAUGUGUAUUUCAACAGAAUUCAAGGCUGAGUGCUAUAUUAAACCCCUUAAAGGUUAAUUGUAGAAUUAUUUUUAACUUUGAUAUUUAAUACAGCAGUACUUCACUUGUAUGUAGAUGAGCAACGUAUUGUCAGCAGAAAUCCUUUGUCAUACUUUACUGUGUUUGUCGUCUGAUCUGGCAAGUUGUGCAUCUUAUUGCAGGAAACUUUUUUUUUUUGCAGUCUGGCACAUUAAUACAUUAAUUUUGAGACAAAAGUUCAGAAUUUCCUCUGGUGGAAACAUUGUCUUAAGGACUAUAAAAGGCAUUAAAUAGAAUAAUGAAACGAAACAGAGCACUGAUCUUGAAAAACCUUAAUGUCAGAAAACUUUAAAGUUUGACUUUGGUUUCAUUUCACCAUCAGUGAUCCUGAAUAUCAUGGAUUACAACUUUUUAACAUAAUAACCAAAGGUUAUGGAAGCCUCCAUAGAUGGAGUGUACAUGAGGAAACGUGGUGGGUCUUCUUUUAGUUUUGUAUUUUUGCUUUUCAAGCUGUAUUUUAUCACAAUAAUAUAGUUGGUAAAUAUUGGAAAAGAAGGCCCAUCUUAUUUUUCUGUUGAUCUUUUAAGUGUUUUGUAAAUGUAGAACAUCUGAUUAUGUUAUGGUACUGGCCGAGUCCUGAGCAGAUGCAUAGUGAAGUUGUUACUAAUUAAAACUUGAGGGUAACAAUAAUGUUGACAUUAUGAUUUUAAGUUGUGCUGGUGUUGAAUUUGGAAAAUUACUUCGUUUAAGUUUUGGGGGAUUUUUGGCAUUUUUUUCUUUGGUGCUGUAAAUAUUAGUUCAGUGUUAACAUUUGGAAAAGGGUCUCUGCUAGAGCUGAUUUAGUGCUUGAAUAAUUAUGAAGCAUUUAUUUUUCACUUGCAUUUUGUACAAAAGCCAGACAAAGUGUCAGAAUAUAAAGAAAAAUAUGAAACUUUACCACUUGUUAGUAGAGGCAAAAUAGCCACUUUCAUUUCUGACUAGGUAAUAAUGUUGAAUGUACUUUUGUUUG